CGGAAGUGACCGCAGACUGAGCGCCCAUCACGCUGUGUGGCGAUGUUGUCUGGUUGGUCGUCAUCGCCGCGGAACAUUCCGUAUUUAGAAGGGCAGUUUUGAGCUGGACUCGAAGAUGUGCAGUUUUCCAAAAUGUGAAGAAUAAGAGAACAGCAACAUAAGCCGGGACCACUAAAAACACCGCAGCUGCAGUAGAAUUAUUAUCGCACAUUUUAGAUUAAUAAACAUCGUCAGUAGAAGCCAGCAGUAACUGAUGGAGAGUGUUCUGGGAAAGUUGCUGAACCUGACGACGUUGAUGAUGGGACUAACACAGGCGGAGGAGUGCAGGGACAACUGCUCAGAACAUGGCGUCUGCUACGAGGGGAGGUGUAUCUGUGAUGUACAGUUUACAGGAGAGGCGUGUGAGGAGAGUAACAUGUCUUACUUCAUCGGGUUUGGCUUCGUCUUCUACUUUCUGGUCCUGGUGUCAAGCACACAGCUGGUCCUGUGUGUUCGGUCAGAGUUCCAGCGUCAGAAAGAGCCGUCCUUGUUUAAGGCCUGUAAGAUGACCACACAGAAGAUGCUGUACUUACUGACCCUACUGGCCGCUGCCUCCAGGGCCGCAUACUUUACUGCACAGGAGUACAUUCCUAUCCAGUGGGCCCUGAACCUGAUGAGUGCGUACUACCCACUCCUCAUCACUGGCAGUUCACUGGUCGUGUGUGUCUGGGCUGAGACAUUCCACGUGAAGGACGUUCCAUGUGACCGCCCGCGGUUCCUGACCAAGUCCUUCGCGGCGUUUGUCGUGUUUAACGCCUUCGUGUACAUCCUUCUCAUCAUGCAGUUUGUGUUGUCAGAAGUGGUGGACCAUUCCAUGGAGGAGUAUCUGGUCAGCAUAUUCCAGUGCUGUUUUGGGAUGCUGAUGAUCUUAGUCCUCAUUUUCUUCCUCAUCUAUGGUGUGGAGAUGUUUUUUAAGGUGCACGGUGCGUUUGCGAGUCGUAACAACUCUCUAAACCUGACCCAGCUCCACAUGUCCCGGCUGGGUCUGGUGUUCCAGGCAGGGCUGCAGCUCUUCACAGCUCUGCUACUCAUCCUGGACAUGAUGGGCAAGAUAUGGAAGGACAGUGUUCCCCUGGUCAGUAAUAACUACUACACCCUGACUUUCCGUAUUGUGGAGCUGGGUGUGGUGCUGUGGUUCCCAUGUGUGCUCUGGAACGUCACAAGUCCCGAGCAACUCUGGAUCCUGAACCCAAAACAGCUGCUGAAGAAACGAGACUUGGAACAAGUUGAGCCCACUGAGACAGACAGCCUUCUGCACCACCGUAACGUCCCCAAAUACCACGCCACGGAGGACAGCGCUGAGACAGAGGAGAGCGUGACGGAGCCUCGCGAGUGUUGGAUCUGUUACGACUCUGACAGGACGGACGCUGGUGAUAUGAUCCAGCCCUGUAACUGUAAGGGUGACGUGUCAGCUGUUCACCAUGACUGUCUCAAAAGAUGGCUGGCUGAGUCUAUGGGAAGUGGGGCUACACCAAGAUGCAAGGUUUGCAAAGAGAAGUACCAGUUGCGUGAGGGCGCGGUGUGGCUCCCCUCCGCGGUCACUGUCCGCCAGUGGCUCAUCUUCAGCUUCAUCCUGGUGGUCAUGUCCGCAGGGCCGUUCAUCGUCUAUCUGAUCUUCCGAAGCUUCGCGUCUCCCGUGCCGAAGAUUCUCGGUAUUGGUGGGGUCGUACUUCUGGAGUACGUCUGUUUGAAGCUUCUCGGGUUCAACUGCCUGACGGUGUACCAGCAAGCCCGACUGUCUGCCCUGAGGAUUCUGGGUAGGCCUGUUCCUGCUCACAGCUCCGCGGCACGGACAAAGAACUCUGCAGACAGAAGUCCUGACACCCAGCAGAACAUCGUGGUGGUGGAGGCAGAGGUGCAUGUUGGAAACCAUGUCUGAGAGUUUGACAUGCAGGGCUCGAAAUCCAUUUUUGGGAACAGGUGCACUGGUGCACCUAAACUAAAAGAAUAGGUGCACAAAAAAGUUUUUGGGUGCACAAUAUGUAACAAAACCUAAUCACAGAUCUUACUGCUCCUCUUAUGAGCUACAAAUCAAGUACUACAACGAAGAUUUUAUUUUUCUGAUACUUUGUUGCCAAGAAUAUCCUGUAUACUUUUAUACAGUGGAUAUGCACAAAAAUACCUACAAAAAUAGUUG